AUGGUACGAAAGGCAAUACGUUCGCCAAUAGUGGCGAACGGCGGUACGGACACCGUAAUGCCUUCAGAAGUUUUCGAAUGGACGACAAAAGACGUCUCCAUCUGGUUACAAAAUGCUGGUUUUCAACAGUAUGCUGAUUUAUUUGCCGUUCAACAUAAAAUUGAUGGCGCUACCUUACUUAUGCUGUCCGAACUCGAUCUACGAGAUCCACCGUUACAAAUCAAAUGCUUAGGUGAUAUCAAAAGACUUGGUCGAGCAAUUUAUGACUUGAGAAAUUCCCAUAUUAAUUCAAGUCAGCCAUCACCUCGAAUUUCCGAAUCCGCGUCUCAACAUGAUGACGUCUUACUAUGUGUAGAAUAUGAUCAACGUAGGAAAAUGUCUAUAUCAGGCGAAGAUGUUUUUGUUAGGACGAAACAGAGUGCAAUUAUUGACGACCCUCUCGUCGAUUCUAUAUCAGAUUCCGGUGAUAUCCGCUCUGUGCGCUUGAUAUCAAGAGAUGAGCUUAUACGGACCGUUGAAAGUCCUGAUACAAAAUCGAAAAGUCUUGCCAAGCUGCUCAUUGCUUUUUUAUAUUGCUUAUCUUCACUGCUCAUUACAGCCUUUGUUAUGGUUCUAGUACAUGACCGUGUGCCAGAUAUGAAAAUGUAUCCGCCCCUACCAGAUAUUGUACUUGACAACUUGCCACUAAUUCCAUGGGCAUUCGAAGUAUGUGAACUGAUAGGUGUAGCGCUAUCUUUCAUCUGGUUCACUGUACUUAUUUUUCAUAAGCAUAGGGUAGUGAUCAUGCGACGAAUGUUUUCCCUAGUUGGAACUGUAUUUCUGCUUCGUUGUAUAACAAUGCUGAUCACAUCGCUGUCAGUGCCAGGAGUACAUCUUGAGUGUCGAGCAAAGAGCUAUGGCACUGCUAUGGACAAAUUGAUGCAAGCAUUUCAUAUAUGGUCACGGCUAGGAAUGUCUAUUCAGGGUGUUCGAACUUGUGGUGACUACAUGUUCAGUGGGCAUACCACAGCAAUUACGCUUUUGAACCAUUUCAUAACAGAAUACACACCAGCAUCGUGGACAUUCCUUCAUACGGCCACAUGGGUGAUGAAUCUCUUUGGAGUUUUCUUCAUUCUUGCUGGUCAUGAGCACUACUCGAUAGAUGUUUUUAUAGCAUUCUACAUAUCUUCUCGAAUGUUCCUCUACUAUCAUGCCUACGCAUACAAUCAUGCAAAUCUUACCGCUACAGACGACCGUAUUCGGCUGUGGUUCCCGUUAGGAUGGUUUUUCGAGGCUGGUAGCAUUGGAAAGGUACCGUAUUUCUCUUCUUUUAGUAACUUGUCCGUGUUACCUAAGAUGAGUGAACGUGUUUAUUCUUAA